AUGAAUUUGGUUUCUCAGAUCGCAAUUGUCGGCGUGGGCCAGGUCGGAGGCGCCGCAGCAUACUCCAUCAUCCUUACCUCUUUUGUGAGCGAAUUACUCCUCGUCGACAUCGAUAUCGAUUUGAGAGACGGCCAAGUCCGUGACCUUUCAGACGUGGCCUAUAGUUGUAACAGCAGCACGCGCGUGCGAGCGGCCUCACACCAUGAGGCAGCCAAGGCCGACAUUGUGGUCAUCACAGCUGGAUCCAAGCACAUGAUAGGCCAAACAACCAUCGACUAUACAUCCCGGAACAUGUCAAUUGUUCGGGAAGUAGUUGAGACAAUGAAGCCGUUCAGAUCAGACACAAUCCUGCUUGUCGUGUCAAACCCUGUCGACCUGCUCACGUCCCUCGCUCAUGAAAUCUCCGGACUUCCGACAUCUCAAGUCUUGGGCUCAGGCACAUUCCUAGACUCGGUGCGGCUCCGUGGGCUCAUGGCCAUGCGGGCUGGAAUUGCGGCUAAUUCGAUAGAUAUCCACGUGUUGGGCGUACAUGGAAACUCCCAGGUUGUAGCAUGGUCAGCGGCAACAGUUGCUGGCGUCCCCAUUAACACAUCAAUCCCCCCCAACAUUCUUGACCGUGUCGAGCUUGCGGAUGAAAGCAAGCAUUGGUCGCAGAGCAUAAUCAGAGCUAAGGGUUCGACUCCCUUUGGGCUUGGCUCUAUUGUGUCCAGUUUGUGUGCGUCUAUCUUCUUGGACAAGCGCAAUGUUCGUCCCGUCAGCCAUUUCCAACCUGACUUUGGUUGCUAUUUCAGCUUGCCCGCUGUCAUCGGGAAGAAGGGAGUUAUGAGUACUAUUCAGAUGACGUUGGAUAGUGACGAGGAGGCACAUAUAGCUAAGUCAGCGAAGGAACUGAGCGAAACUAUUGACUGGAUCAAUCGGAAUUAUUAA